AUGCAGGCAAAGAAAAUGGAGGAUAGGAUUAGCAGCUUACCAGACGAAAUCCUCUGCUACAUACUCUCUUUUCUUCCGACCAAGAAAGCUGUUGCGACAAGCAUUCUCUCCAAGAGGUGGAAGCCACUGUGGCGUUCAGUCACCACUCUUGACUUCGACGAAGCCAACUUUCGCAGAACCAAAGGGUGGCAUUCCCGCUUUGUUCAAUCUGUGCAUCGAGUUAUCCACACACCAGAUUUCCUCCAACCAAUCCAAAAACUCCGCAUGAGCUUUGUCUCUCGACACUCUGAGGUCCCUUCCAAUGUCAACGUAUGGGUUAAUGCUGCGGUGCAACGUGGAGGAUUUGAGCAUGUCGAUAUCUGCAUUUAUUCGCUAUCACCCUUAAACCUGUCUUCCAUCUUCAGUUGCAAAACUCUUGUGGUUCUCAAGUUGGAGGGUUUAGACUUGAAUACAACUGUUUCUUCUGUUGAUCUCCCCUUCCUUAAAGUUCUUCAUCUCCAAGUUUUGCAACUCUCUCAACGUCGAUGUCUGGCUCAGCUUCUUAACGGUUGUCCUGUUCUUGAAGAUUUGAAAGCAAAGGCUAUCUAUUUUAAGAAAUAUAAGGAGACUGGGUUUGAGUAUAAAACUUUAAGCAAGUUGGUCAGAGCAGAUAUUUCAGGGACAAGUACAGAUUUAUUUAGGAUGGAAGUGAUUAAUAAUGUUGAUUUCUUGCGAAUACAUGAGAUUUAUAUUAGAAUCCCACAUGAUGAUCAAUUCACUGACAUGUUUCACAAUUUAACCCAUAUUGAGCUUGGCUAUUACGAUUAUAAUACUAAUUGGAUUGAGGUAGUGGAAUUUCUCAACUAUUGCCCCAAGCUUCAAGUUCUGGUCAUUAACCAGACCCCACGGUUUGAUUACUUCCAGCUUAAUAAAGCCUAUCUAGAAGAUUGGCAAGACCCAUCAUAUGUUCCUAAAUGCAUUCAACUACACCUCAAAGAAUGUUAUUUAAAUGAUUACAGAGGCACAGAUGCGGAGUUUCAAUUUGCAAAAUAUAUUAUGCAAAAUGGAAUUUUUUUAAAGAAGAUGACAAUAUGCAGUAGCAGUGAGAUGCAGCAACAUGGAAAGCCAGAGAAUAUACAAAAAUUAUCUUCAUGCACGAGAUGUUCUGCAACUUGUGAACUUUCCUUUAAAUGA